AUGUCAGGUGUCACUCAAGACGAAGACAAGAAGCCCGGAGAUCAGUCGAUUCAUAUCAAUCUUAAAGUCAAAGGCCAGGAUGGAAGUGAAGUAGUUUUCAGAAUUAAGAGAAACACACAGCUGAAAAAGCUCAUGAAUGCUUAUUGUGAUAGACAAUCUGUGGAAUUUAACUCAAUUGCUUUCCUGUUUGAUGGUCGUCGCCUCCGAGCAGAGCAGACUCCGGACGAGCUUGAAAUGGAGGAAGGUGACGAGAUAGAUGCCAUGCUUCACCAGACUGGAGGGAGUAUGGCUGGUAUAAAUCUGGGUUUGGUUUGGUGGCUUCAUUGGGGGUGGAGGGCUGUUGGGGGGUUAGGCAUCAAAAGCAAUAAUAUCAAGCCCUUGUUCUCCGAAUCCUUAAACUAUGGCGAAGCCCUUUCCAAGAGUCUCCUCUACUUCGAAGCACAGCGUUCCGGCCGCUUGCCGUACAACCAGAGAGUCAAUUGGCGCCACCAUUCCGGCCUCACCGACGGCUUAGAACAAGGGGUGGAUUUGGUUGGUGGCUAUUAUGAUGCUGGUGAUAAUGUUAAAUUUGGUCUUCCAAUGGCUUUUACCAUUACAAUGCUUUCAUGGAGUGUUGUUGAGUACCGGGAUCGGCUUGUGGAUGCAGGGGAAUAUCGCCAUGCCCUUGAAGCUAUCAAAUGGGGAACCGAUUAUUUCAUUAAAGCACAUACUCAUCCGCAUGUUCUUUGGGCUCAGGUGGGUGAUGGCGACACCGACCACCUCUGUUGGCAGCGGCCGGAGGAUAUGACGACUUCCCGGCGUGCUUACAAGGUGGAUGAGGAGCACCCGGGCUCCGAAGUCGCCGGAGAAACGGCGGCGGCCAUGGCGGCGGCUGCCAUUGUGUUUAGGACAACAAACCCACAUUACUCCCUACUGCUCUUGGAUCAUGCACAACAAUUGUUCGAGUUUGGCGAUAAGUAUAGAGGAAAAUACGACAGCAGUAUUGGAGUGGCAAAGGGUUAUUAUACGUCGGUGAGUGGUUACAUGGAUGAGUUGUUAUGGGCAGCUGUGUGGCUAUACAAAGCCACCGACAGCCUAUAUUACUUGAAUUAUGUUAUAGAGAAUGCCGAGUCCUUUGGUGGGAUCACUUGGGCCAUCACAGAAUUCAGCUGGGACGUCAAGUAUGCAGGUGUCCAAAUCAUAGCUGCAAUGUUGCCAUUAGAAGGAAAGAAUGAAGAACAAAGCAAGAUCCUCCAAGAAUACCGUUCAAAGGCAGAACAUUUCAUAUGUGCUUGCCUGAACAAAAACAAUUCGACUAAUGUGCGACGCACCCCAGGUGGACUCCUGUACACCCGCCAAUGGAACAACAUGCAGUACGUUUCUAGUGCAUCAUUUUUAUUGACCGUCUACUCUGACUAUCUUGAAUCUACCAAUCAAAUAUUCAAUUGUCAUGGAGAUCUAGUGGGUCCAAAUGAGAUUCUCUCCCUUGUCAAAUCCCAAGUUGACUACAUUCUGGGUUCUAAUCCUAUGGGAAUGAGCUACUUGGUUGGCCAUGGACCUGCCUAUCCCUUGUGGGUGCACCAUAGGGGUGCAUCCAUGGAAUCGUAUAGAGAAAGCAAAGGCUUUGUAGGGUGCACUCAGGGAUAUGACAACUGGUUUGGACGUCAGGGUCCGAACCUGAAUGUUCUUGUUGGAGCUUUGGUGGGUGGACCAGAUAAGAUGGACGAAUUCAGGGAUAGAAGAGGGAAUUUCAUACAAACAGAAGCCUGCACGUAUAAUACGGCGCCACUUGUUGGAGUUUUUGCCAAAUUGAGUGUAUUAGAGAACACUAGUUUACCCCUGAUUUCUUCCAUUUAA